CUCGAUGCAAUGGAAGUUUUUGAUAGAUUUAUGAGCCUCUUUGCGUGAUGUCACGUUCUCUGCAGAUAUUUGAACUCUUCCCGCGCCGUUGAUACUGGGAUCACACCGGGACUGUAAGAGAGUGUAUGUGGCUAAUGUGAUGAUUUAAUAACAUGUGGAUAAUUAAUUGUUAAUUUUGACAUGUACACACUUUCAGCAUGUUUUAUCAUAUUUGUUUUACAGAGGGGGGAUCCUGACUGUGACAAUGUCUCGGACCGUGCAGUAUGGUGAGAUUAUAAAUAAUAGCAAUAAUUAUUUUACCCAUGAACAGCUGCUUAUCAGAAAAAACUGCACUCAGUCACCAAUUCGUUAUUGGUAACAUACUGAGAGGACACUGACACCAUCUCCAUAAUUCUUUGUAUCAGGUAUACUGAGUUUAAAAAAAUAAAAUCCGCAUAUAACUAAUAUAUUUAAGUAAAAAAUCCCAGUCAUGAGAAAAGUGGUCCAAAUUAUAAAAUAAAAUCAUAAUUCAAUUUUUUUUAUUUUUUUUUUAAAUCUUCUUUGCCAUAACUCAUUCAGACCUGAGGAAGAGAGGAAAACUCUCGAAAGCUUGUCUUUGAAAUAUGUUAGUCCAAUAAAAAAGGCAUAAUUGCAUCCUGCAAUUAUAUUUUGACAUUAUAACAGGAAAAAGAGAUUGUGGUUUUGUAUGAUUUUAAUAGUCUGAAAUGUUGUACAGUUGGAGCCACCACAGUGAGUACAAACCUACCACUGCUUCAAUGGCAACAUACAUGAUCACAUUAUUUAUUUAUUUAUUUAUAUAUAUAUAUAUAUAUAUAUAUAUAUUUCCCUGUUUUCUGCCCUAAAACCCUCAAUUUUGUAAAAAUUACAAAUAUUGCUUUGGUGCCCUGUGGCAAAAUUGAACACCAAUAAACUAAUUUUAAAGGGACACAAAAGGCCAACCAAAUUCCAUUAAGCAAAAUAUUAAAUACUGUUGGGGCAAUUUCCUAAUCUAUUUAGUGUUUCAUAUUUCUUCUUUUAAAUGUCUUACCCGUUUUGCCACCUUUAGUGAAUUGUAUCCCCUCUUUAGCGAGUCUCUUACAACCCCCUCCCCCUUUGUGUAUCUCUUACUCCCCGCCCCUUUCUGUGUGUGUGUAUGUAUAUAUGUAUGUGUGUGUGUGUGUGUGUGUGUGUGUGUGUGUGUGUGUAUAUAUAUAUAUAUAUAUAUAUACACACACACACACACACACACACACGCGCGCAUGCGCACAUACAAGCACACAGACCUAAUUAUUCAUGUACACAGUCACAAAGAUAUACAGACAUGCAGUCAUAAAAGGCACACAAUCAAACUAAUACCGUCCUACAAACUAGAAUUACAGGCAUACAAGAACAUAAAUACACAGUCAUACAGAGAUAUACAGGUACAGGCAGUCAUACAUGCAAUUACAUAAUUACAUCUCAGCACUGUGCAAUUAGAUCCCUGGAAAAUAUGUUGUCUGGCUUUGAUCUGUGGAACCAGUUCAGCAGCCCAGCCUCAUCACUAAGUAAAGUGUACCUCCUUUUGGGAGGAAUUUGUGUCCAAUAGGGUGCUAGGAUCAAGGAUAAAUUUAAUUACAGCAGCUCAAAACACCUUUGUGUGGAAAUACCCUCUUGUCCACACCCCAAAAAAGUCCAAAGUCUACAAGGCGGUAUAAGUGGAAGACCUACACCUAUAGGUGGAGCGCUGAAAGGUAGGGAUGGACCGAUUAUCAGUUUUGCCGAUAUUUGGUAUUUUUGGCAAUAUCGGUAUCGUCCAAUAAAGAAACCGAUAUUGCCGAUAAUACGUAAUAGGACCGCCGGGCUCAUUACAAGCCCGGCAAUCCUGGGGGGGCCGGCAGCAAGCUGUCGCUAGUCCCGCGGCCGAAGAGCGUUGUCACAGGUUACCAUGGCAACGUGGCACGCAGACCGCGAGAUUUACACUGGGGAGCUGGAGGAGCUGCUGGGAUGGUAAGUCACAGCUUGCUGCCGCCCCCCUCCCCCCCCCCACUGCUCAGUACACAGUACAUGCCACUGGACCACCAGGGAUUGUCAUAUUCCCCCCUCCCUGGCCAGGUAACAAGCAAGGAGGGGAGACAAAAAUAAAAUAUAUAAAACCUAUAAAUAUUAAAAAUUAAAAUAAAAAAUGCCCCCCCCCCCAUUUUACACAAAUUACAUCUCUUCAGAAACACACUCUAUAUAAUGCAGAGUGUGUGUUUGUGUAGUGUGUGUGUGUGUGUGUGUGUGUGUAUAUAAUGCACACACUGCAUUAUAUACACACACACUAUACAAACACUCUGCAUUAUAUACACACAAACACACACUACACAAACACACAUACUCUGCAUUCAUUAUAUACACACUCUGCAUUCAUUAUAUACAUACUCUAUACAAACACACACACACACUGCAUUCACUUUACGCACACUACACACACACUGCAUUCACUUUACGCACACUACACACUGCAUUCACUUUAUAUACACUACAUUCACUAUAAACACACUACAUACACUGUGCAUUCACUAUAUAUACACACUACACAAACACACCCUGCAUUCAUUAUAUACACACUACACAAAUACACACUGCCUCCACUACACAAACACACACUGCAUUUAUCUUUAGAAAUCGUUUAUUUUUUCCAAAUGUACAGAAUAUCGUCAAGUUAUCGGCUAUCGGCCUGAAAGUUGACAGAUUAUCGGUAUCUGCUCUAAAAAUCAAUAUCGGUCGACCCCUACGAAAGGAUAAGGGGGUAAACUUACCCCACGUAACCUGAUGGCAAGUUUGGUAUAUAGUACAUGUGAAAAGAAAUAAAAAAGGCAAUAUAGUGCAGACAGUACACGAAGAUAAAAUGGUGGUGAAGUGGAACACUCACAUUUAAAGGAGCCUGUCUGCUUUAUUCUGCUACCUGACUCCUUUGCCUGGAUGGAGCAGUGCUGAUCCACUUUUUCUGGCUGGAUCUUUGUUACUCUGCUGACUGACUUCCUGCAAUCUGACCUCUGCUUGCCUUACCGACUACGAUACUCCGCUGCCAGCCCUGACUUCUGCUUCUCGUCUGACCCUGCCUUUGGAUUACCCCUUCAUCCGUACUGCGCUUUGUUUUUUGCCUCCUCGUGCCAUCUCCUGCACCUGGGCUCCAACUCCUGGUAAACUGUGACAGUACGUACCACAUAUUUUAAGCCACAAGGGCACUCCAGUAGAUAUAUCACAUGUACAGAGGGACAAAUUAUUAAUUAUUGUAUGCAAAAUUCUUCAUCAUUGGUGGAAUUUUUAAAUUUAGUAAUGUUUCUUUUUGUUGUUGUUUGUGCUCCUAUGUGCCACAGAGGUUUUCCCCCAUCCCCCGGUGUCGUGUCUCAAUUGUGGUCACUAUGCGUCUCAGUUGGUGCACCUUAGCGGUAAGCCCUUCCAGGUUAGUGUCUGUGGCCUGGAGUUUGUGCUCUCUGGCUGUCUCUCGUUCAUUUAGGUCGUGGACCCUUUGAUGCACCUCCUUCACCUCUGUCUGUACUAUCUUAAAGGUCAGCUCCCCAGAUUUUCCUCACUUCUGCCAGGAGUCUCUUUAUGUCCCCCUUUGUGCAGGGCGUCUUGUCCUCUUCUGACUCAGAUGGGCAGGAUGGGGUUUCAGAUUGAGGGGAAGGUAAGGAUUCUCCCUCAUCUUGUGAGGAUUCAGAUGCCGCGUGUGCGUAGUGGGCCUCAGGUGCCAUCUUUGUGCUCUGUGGGAUCGGUAGCCACUCAAAGGAGUUCCGUAUAUCUGAUUAGCAGGGAAAACCUGGGUCGUGAGUUUUCUUUCUGAUAAAAGACGUAGGCUCGGUAUUGCUGUCUGCCACGCUCCCCGGGGGUUCAUUCUUUUUUUUUUUGAUUUUUUGCUAAAAGUCUUUUUUAAAUUGGGGGCGUCUCUGAAUAUUACUUUGGUUUGUCGGGAAGGAGUUGAGACAAUAAGGGAUCUUGCUUUAAAAUAGGCCAGUGUUUUAAAAAAAAUUUUUUUAAUGCUAUAUAGUUGUGAUAAUAGUUGCAUAUAAUGGGUACAUCGUUCCCUUUUUUUCUUUUUCAAUUUUGUGGUUUUUUUUUUUUAAGUAAGGUAUGUCUUUGUAUAUGUGAGACCUGAGUGAGAGGGUUUUCCAGUAUUUCUUCCUUAUAUCCUUUUUCAAAUAAAUCUGUUUUUUUUUUUUUGUUAGCGUGUUCUUUAAAUAGGAAAGGAAAGAUUCACAGGACCAGAUCUACAGCUGGCUGAGGAAGUUCUUUAAGAGUGAAACGUGUUUCGACUUAUUCAGGACUCUUAUUUUAUAUUUUUAUACUAUAGGUUACUUGUUUACAUUGUAUUAAUACAUUUUAAUAUUUUACGUAGUCCUCUAGAGCCUACCGAAUCAACCUAGAGGAAGUGCCAUCCCCACGUAUACUGGCACAUAGCUAUUUUUCCUCAGAGCCAGGAUACAGUGCUCUGAAAAAGGUGAGCAUUUUACUUAUUUUCACCUUGCACAUCAUUUGAAACAGACUGCACAUUGGUUACCUUCUUUCCAUUUUUUCUCUUUGAAAUACAUCAUAUUGUGGAUUGUAGGUGUGAUGCUGCCUUAAAAGCAUACAAGCCUGAUUACAGAGCCAGUUUUCACAUACAGGCUCCUUUUAAAUGUGAGUGUUCCACUUCACCACCAUUUUAUCUUCGUGUACCAUCUGCACUAUAUUGCUUUUUUUUCCCAAGCUUGCUAUCAAGUUACAUGGGGUAAGUGUACUCCCUAAUCCUUUCAGCGCUCCACUUAUAGGUGUAGGUCUUCCACUUAUACCGCCUUAUAGACUUCAGCCACGCGGUGCGCUACACAGGGAGCAGGGGCAUGACGUGAUUCAUGUCCAUGCCCUCUAUAUUAAGCCUGCGGCAUGCACCAGAGGAGGCUGAGCCGGACCUAUUGCCUGACAUCAAAUGUUGAUGUCAGAUGCUUUCUAUACACAGUUGUAGAUGUGCAUAACAUAAGAGUCACGGGUAACCAACAGAAAUAGGUGUUCUGUUUGACGGCUUACUCUGGGAUGGUGCUGUGCCAGGACGCUGGCAACUUAACCACUACUGUAGUUGUUUUUUGUGUGUGUUUUUUUUUUUUUUUAUUAUUUAUUUUUUUUUUUUUGUAGUAAGCAACACACUUUCAAUGAUCACAUUAGAUGAGGAGGAACUUCAGAAAAAUACACAAUUUAGCAAACUUCUACUGGAAGUGUCUCAGAUGCUGGAACCAGGUGGGGCAAGUGCCAGUCUCAGCAAGGAGCUUGAAGAGGUAAUUGAGUACAUACAUAUAUAUAUAUUUAUACAAAACAUUCUCAAGAAAGAAUUAUAUAAAAUUUGAUGCAUGUGUUUUUGUUUGUUUUUAACUGGAGACGGGUUGUUUUAGUUAGACUGUUUAAUCUUAAAUUGGAUAAGAAAAUGUGUAUUUUAGACCACAAUGGCUGAGUUGGAGGAUUUUACAUUGAAAUCAAUGAUUUGCACAACAUAACAUAAUACAUAAUUAUCGAAUGGAAUUACUACUAGUUUCUAUUAACUAGGUUGUGAGAUUUUGAUGCCCCCCAGGUUGUAAGAUGUCCCUCUGAGUCUUUUAGGAAACAAUUCUUUUGUCCUACUUUAUCUGUAGUACUUUACUCUCCUUUAGGCACAAAGGGAAUUGCGAAUGCAGAGGAAAGUGUGGUUCAGGUCAGAAAUAAUCCACCGUCUUUUACAUGAAAUGCUGGUUGACUACCGGGUCAGGAAAGAUGAUGGCUCUCUAAGUGAAGAUGAAAUUAAAGUAAGCUACUGCUGUGCAAGCUUGUUUUCGUACUUUUAAUUUUCUCAUAGUUCUCUUCCAGUGCCCUCUACACACUCUACAUAUAUUUUCAUGAUUUUGUUCCAGUUCCUUGAGUGGCUCAACCAGUCCAUGCUGGUAUCAGAGUGCUUGCGUAUGAUAUCAGCCAGCACGUUCUCUCCGCCAAACUCUGUAUCUCUUCUUGGUAUGGGAAAGAAAGAUCUACUUGAUAGUCUUCCAUCAAAUACGGUAAAAAUAUUGUCCUUUCUUACUUGAGUUGUUAGUCUGCUUCCAUAGGAAAUUGGUAUGAUUGGUAACUGAAGGUUGUUUAUAUUAGAGAUGCUGGUUAAAACUGCUGGGGAGGGGGUGGAGCAAUGACGUAGUGCACGUAGCUGCGUCCUUGUGGAAAGCAGCUGAGGGAACCGAGAGAGAGUGAGGAAAGUUUGAGGUGCUAUACAGGUCGGUUCGAGCAGCGGAGAGAGCUAUGUAAAUGUGCAUGCUUGAACAGUGCCUCGCAGGCAGCCCAGCUAUAGCAGUCUGAGCACUGGCAAUUGGAGUGAGGAGCAACACAGUGAGUGGAGGAAAAUUAUCGAGCUGAUUGCGGUGGGAAUGCUGUGACAAUACACCUGGUCUUGGACCUGGAUCAGUCCCUCAAAAGCUAAGUGCCUAAAAAUCCAAUUGCUUGGUUAAAAUUAUAACAAGCGUUGGUGGUGCAUUCAAUGGAUUCUGCUAAGUAAAGAAAACCGUAAUAGUCAGGAAAGGAAAUAGGAGCGAAAAUAAAGGGGGGGGGGAGAAUAAAAGAUAAAGGGUGGGGAGGGGUCUAAUUCACUUAAUUGUGUUUUGCAAGGCAGGGUAAGAGGGGAUAGGAUGGAGGAAGAGAGGGUUUUCAAAAGAGGAAGAAUUUUAAAGGUAGCCCUACAUCAAACAAACUGUAGCAUUUUAUAAAAGAUUCUCUGAAACAAAAUAAAAAUGGCCACUAAAAAGAUACAAAAUGGCAAACAGAUGAAAAAAGAAAAUAAACCAGAAAAACAUCUCUCCUUUUUCUCACCACACCCCCUAGGUAACAAACCAAACCUGUCGGAAUCCCUUUUGUUGGAUAACCCACUAGAGCAGGGGUUCUCAACCCAGUCCUCAAGGGCCAGUCCACGAUUUAGGGAUUACCUGGGUGUGUCUAAGGUGUAAUUUUUUUAUUUUAUUUUUAUCUAAACACCUUAGACACACCCAGGUAACCCCUAAAUCGUGGACUGGUAAGGGGUCCUUGAGGACUGGGUUGAGAACCCCUGCACUAGAGGGAGACAUCUGUAAACAACAAAGCGAGGAAAAUGUUGAACCAAGACUAGAAGGAAAUGACUGACAGGUUACUUAAACAUCUAGAUAUACAAUUUGGGAAAAUGAAAGAAGAGAUUCAAGCAAAUACUUUGGAGAUUAAGAAAUAAUUAUUGACUCUUGCUUCACAAAUCCAAGGUAUUGAGGAAAAACUACACCUGAUGGAAUAAAGGGAAAAGGUCCUCCGAGAAGAAAAUAUGGCACUAGAAAGCAAAAUGAUUGUUAUGGAGAACAAAUUGAUAGACUUGGAAAACAGGUGAAGAAGAAAAAAAACUAAGAAUCAGAGGAAUAUGGGAACAAAUAAACACAAACUUCUAAUCAUAGAAGUAGAAGGUUUUAUCAUACCUCUGGAGGUUGAUUGGGACUCCAAAACUCCUAUGAUGGAUAGGUGUCAUUGAGUGAAUAAACCAAAAGGGGUCCCAGAUCAUCUGCCAAGAGAUGUAAUGAUAUGCCGCGCCUAUUUUUAACUCAAGAUACAAAUAUUAAGAGCUACAAGAGAGGGUAGAUGCGCAAGAGAGUAUUCAACUCUGAAAAUAUUUCAGGAUCUAUCAUGACAAACCAGACAAAAGAGGAAAACCUUUAUGGACAGCAUCACUAUAUUGAGAAACAACGAUAUGAAAUAUCGAUGGGGUUUCCCCACGAAAAUCAUUAUACUUCACAAUGUAGUCUGUUCCGGUUUAGCAAAGCAGAAGACCUAAAAAACUGGAUAACCCCAAAGAAAAUUGGAAGUGGCACCAAAAAUCCAUCAACAAAAAGGCCUUAGCAAAUUUAAAAGAAGGAAAGGAAGAAUGGGAAAGAUGGAAGGGAAAAGAAUGAAAGUGAAAGGGGGAAAUUGGCAUCAGCGAUAUUAGACUCCUCAAAUAGAGAAACCAAAUCAGAAAAAGCUGCGGAAACAAAAGGAAUUAGGUUAUUUAUAUUUUUAUGUAUAUAUACUUGUAUGUAGAUGUAUUUAAAAAAAAAAAUGAACACGGUAUUAGGGGAUAAUGGGCAAAUAAAAUUAACAAAACUAAUAGGAGAAAGGAAAUCAGAAACUAGGAAAUUCUAAAUUUAGACAAUAAGAUAAAGAUCAGGAAAAAAAUAAAAAAAUAUAUAUUUAUGGUUUGAUCAAUUACAAAACACUCACUUAAGUUAAUACAUAAGACACGAAAGGAAGCAUAAACACCCUACAUAAAGGUGGAUAUCUAGCUAAACUGAUACUACACAAAAUGUUGAAUAAACACAAGAAGACUAAAUUAUAAGGUGGAUAGAAGGGAACUCUCUUCUACUAGAAAUUAACCAAACUAAUGAAAGAAAGCUAUCACAACAGUAUGAAGGAUGAAUAUAAAAUCUACACAGGCAAUGAGUUAAUAAAGGAAAAAGAGAGUCUACAAUUUUAUUUUUUUUUAUUUUAUUUUUUUUUAUUUUUUUUUUGCCUCUGUACCAUUUUAAAAAGGCUUCCUUUAGAAAGUCUAUCCUCAGAACGCACUUCCCACCCUAUUCGUGGGAUCAACAUUCGAGUAAUGUGUUUAUUUACUCAAGAUAUUGUAUGGUGGGGGAUUUUUGUCAUUUUUAAUGUAAUUAUAAAGAAAUGUCAUUUUCUGUUGUUUAACAGACCUAAAAUGUUAGUUGGGGUGGGGGGGUGGGGGGGAGAGAGAGCCAGCCCAAAGAAGGUUUGAACACCUACAAUUUAAGGUAGUUUCAAUAAAUGCCUGUGGGAUAAACACGCCUAUCAAAAGGUCCAUAUUAAAAAAUCUGAUACAAAUUAGUACGCUACAAGAAACUCACUGGAAAAAAUCUAACAAUAAUACAAUUAGCUCCGCAAAAUACCCCAUUAUUAUAAGUGCUGCUCUGAAAAAAAAGUGUGGCUUUCAUGUUUGCCAGAUAUGUCUCCCUAAAUACUAUAUAUCAAGAAUUAGAUCCAGAAGGCCGAUAUAUUAUUUUAGUAUGUGAAAUAAAUGUUAUUUACACUAAUAUUUAUGCACCAAACAAAUUUACAAUACAUUUUAUUGCAAAAGUGUUUAAGAAAGUAAGGCAAAUUCAGCAAGGACUGACAUUAAUGAUAGACUCAGAGUGAUAAAAUUAGGAUACCAAAUUAGGAUAGAUUUCAAAAUGUACUGAACAGCUACAAUUUAAGAGAUAUAUGGAGAAUAUUCCACCCUUCUGAUCUGGAUUAUACAUGUUUCUCUAAAACUUAUAACACUUAUUCUAGAAUAGACCUCAUAUUGGGAAAUGUGAGCAUUCUGUAUCUUGUUUAAAAGAAUAGAGAUACAAGAAAUAACAUGGUCGGACCAUAGUCCAAUCUGGUUAGAAUAUAAAGAUACAUUUUGACAUCUUCCAUAAAGAGUGGCAUUUGGGAGACAAUAUACUACAAAAAAAAAAUAACGUUGAAGAGAUUAAGUAAAUAACUAAGAUUAUUUUUUUAUUUUUUUAUUUUUUAAAACAAGAAUAAAGAUACACCAGACAUUACGGUGUAUAAAAGUGUACUUAGAGGGCAUAUGAUAAAAAUGGCAGCUAUCGAGGAGGAAAAAGUACCACUUCCAAAAAAAAAAACCCCAGAAUAAAUUAACACCUUCUACACAAACAGCAAUUAAGAUUGCAGAAAUAGAAAAACAGAUAAAUAAUCCGCUAACAAAUAGAGCAGCCAAAAUGCUAGAACAAUUCCAAGUCAAGUGGUAUUUAAAAGGUAAUAAACCAGAAGCAUUCAUGACCAAUAAAUUGAAAAAAAUAGAGAGGCAUACAAUUAAGGAAAAAGAAACAUAUGUAAUGGCCCCAGAAAAAAUAAGAAGUGCAUUUGAAAAAUUCUGCUGAGAUUUAUAUAAUUUACCAGAAGAAAUUUAGAAAUUGUUCAAUAAAAUACAUUUGCCAAAAACUCUGCCCGACCAACUGAAACUGCUUAAUCAACCCAUAACAGAAGUAGAGGUUAGUAAAGCAAUAGAGAAGCUUAAAAUAAAGACCGCUCCAGGUUUUACAAAUAAAUUUUACAAAUUAAUGAAAGAUCUGAUAAAAGGUGAACUUUCAAAUAUUUUUUUUUUUUUGUAAAUAUGAUUUUUAUUUCCUGUAUUUGGGAAUAAAAGGUGAGUAUCAUGCAGACUCGCAGGUCUGUAUUUUGUAGUCAACGUAAAGAAAACAAUCAACAGGCGGGCACGCAGGCCCAACAGCAAAGUCGGACUCGCAGGUCCCUUGUAUCAACAUUAAAGCUUAUGUGGGUGAACCCCCCACUCCCCCCUCCCAGAUUGUUCUCAGUAAUCACGUGUUCCCGUGCUGUUUGCUGCUGUGUAUCCACCUUCAACCAGUCUGCUAGCCCUUCAGGCCGGGCAUGGCCCCUCCAAUUGUCUACCUCUAUACUGGCUGAUGCUCUCCCUGCUAUUGCCCCCCUAGUAUUCGGGUGUGCAUGGUUGUAUUAUCUGUGCAUGCGAAAGGGACAAGCACGGUCCGGUCGUUACGUGUUCUUAUAAGGUCGUGUCUAGUGAGGACCUUAGCUAUCGACGGGCUGUAGUGAUAUAGUGGGCAGGAGUCCUGUUUCGGAGGGGGAUAUGAGUACUGGGGAGUGUGUUUCCAAUGUCUGUUUAACCUGUGCGACAGUUGGGUGGUGUCCCUAGUUUUAAUAUAUGAGAGAGGAGGGGAGGGGUAAGGUAAGGGUAAGGAAGGAGGAGGAGGGUCUGUCUGUCGUCCAUGUGCCUAUCCAGCCUGUGUAGCUCCCUGCCAUUAGGUAUGGAGCAGCGUCAGGAAGUCUUGUUUCGUCGUGGUCAAUAUCCAGUGGGUCCAAAUGUCUAGGUAUGUCUGAUGUUGUUUUUCAGUAGCUAACAUGGCGAGCUCUUCUACCGCUCGUAGUUCUUCCAUGUGGGUGAACCAUUUAAGUAUGGAAGGGGUCUCUUUUUUUCUUCCAGUAUUGUGGUAUAGUUUGCUUAGCCAUGUUUAGAAUUCGAAUUGUAAGGGACUUUUUGUAUUUAGAAAUCGGUAUCGUCGUGUGGUGGAGCAGCAUUGCUGCUGGAUCUAGUGGUGGUGGGUUGUCAGAGAAGCGGGAGGCUAUUUUAUGGAUUUUCCUCCAGAAUGGUUGUACAAGUUCGCAUGCCCACCAAAUGUGUAGGGGCGUGCCCGUUGCCUUGGCGCACCGCCAGCAUAGGCUUGACCCAUGAGCAUGCGUGUAUUGAGUCGUGUCUGGGGUACAAUACCAUUGUGUGAGUAUCUUAUAUGCUGUCUCCUGACUCUUGCUGAAAAUGGAGCAGUGGUGGGUGACCUCACAAAUCUUUUCCCAAUCGGCCCUACUAAAUGUGUGAUGAAGGGCCUCCUCCCAUUUCCCCAUAAAGCGUGGCGCAGCCAUGGGUGUGAGCAUUUGUAGAAGGGCGUAAAGGUGCGAGAUGCCAUGUGGCAGUGGGUCGGGGUCUGCGCCUAGUUGCUCGUAAGCGGUGAGUUCCCUAGUGAGGGCUCCUGUGCGGGGCAGUGUCUUUACAUAGCUCGCAAGCUGUGCGUAGCGGAAGUGGGUUGCGAAUGGUUGGGUAUGACCCCCACAUAGGUCAGCCAAGGUCCUCAGCCCCUGACCGGAGCACACAUGUUUCAGCCUUGGCAGUGGGCUUUGCACCAGGGCCCGCAGUGCCCUAGGGUCCGCGCCCGGCGGGAAGUCAGGAUUAUGUGUGAGGGGAAGUAAUGGGGACGGGUGUGUGGAGAGCGCGUGUCUACCAGCAUUGCCUCGCCAUAUCCUCAGUCGCUUUCGUAUAUGUGGAAUAGUGUGUUUCCCUUCCAUCCGUCCCUGCGGGGAGCCACGGGAUAAGGGCGGCUGGGAGCUGAGCUACCCCCUCCUCUACCUGUUUCCAUAGUUUGCUGACCCCCGUCUUGGACCACUCCGCAACACGUUGCAGGUGGCAUGCCUUGUAGUAUAGUCGGAAGUCCGGUAGAGCCAGACCCCCUCUAUGCUUGGGUUGAGUUAGCAGUGUGUAUUUCAGUCUGGGUCUCCUCCCAUCCCAAACAAAAGCCCCUGAGGCCUGUCGAAGUGUGGCGAAGAACGAGGAUGGGAUUGUGAUGGGCAGGGCCUGGAAGAGAUAAAGUAGUCUCGGUAGAAAAUUCAUUUUUAUUACUUGAAUUCUACCCAGCCAGGAGAUGUGCGGGAGGGCCCAUUCCCUCAUGUCUGUACGGAACUUAGCUAGUAUCGGGGCGAAAUUCGCUGUGAAUAGCUCCGAUUCCUUAACGGUCAGCCAAGUGCCGAGGUAUCGGAUUUUGUCCGUGGCCCAUUGGAACACAAAACUCCGUCGGAGCUGUGCUGAUCUCCUUGCGGGUAUGCUUACGUUUAAGAUAUAGGACUUUGAGAAGUUAAUCUUGUACCCCGAGAACCCUCCAAAGGCCUGGAACUCCUGCACUAAAUUGGGGAGGGAGACUUCCGGGUGGGUUAUGAAGAAUAGUAGGUCAUCCACAUAAGCGGCUAGUUUAUGUUGUGUGUCUCCUAUGUGUACCCCCGUGAUGUCCGGGUGGUGUCGGAUUGUGGUUAGUAGGGGUUCUAAAGCCAGAACGAAUAGCAGUGGGGGCAGGGGACACCCCUGUCGCGUACCAUUGUAUAUCGGGAACGCCUCUGUGGGUGCCCCGUUGACCAGGACAUGCGCCGUCGGGUGAGUGUAUAGGGCCUGAAUCCAUCCUCGCAGGUAUGGUCCCAUACCCAUGUGUGACAGUGUCUGGAACAUAUACGCCCAGCAGACUCUGUCAAAGGCCUUCUCCGCGUCCGUGGACAGCAGGAGAAGGCCUGUGUCUUCCCCUGAUUUUCUGUGCAUAAUCGUGAGGGCCCUGAUGGUGUCGUCUCUGGCUUCCCGACCCAUUACAAACCCCACCUGGUCCGCAUGGACCAGAGAGGGCAUGUGCACCUGGAGCCGGGUCGCCAGGACCUUUGCCAAUAGUUUGAUGUCAUUGUUUAUGAGGGAGAUGGGCCGGAAGCUCCCGCAGUGCUCCCGGUCCUUGCCCUCUUUCGGAAUUAUGGUGAUGUGUGUCAUGAGUGCCUGUGCAGGUAAUUCAUGUCCCUCUCUGAUGGCGUUGAACAUGGCCAGUAGUGGGGGAUACAGGGUCUCGGCAUAGCUUUUAUAAUAUUUGAGGGGCAGGCCAUCGGGGCCUGGGCUCCUACCCGGUUUCGUGGAUUUGAUUGCGAGUGCUAGUUCCCCUAUGGAUAUUGGUUCGUCUAGUUGAUCUGCCGUGUUGGCCGCCAGGGAUGGGAGCCUAUGGGUCUUUAGGUAGUCGUCUAUUGAGGUCUGUAGUGAUCGUGACUGCGCGUCUGUGUGUGGGCGUGGAAGGGAGUAGAGUUCCGCGUAAUUUGUGCGAAUGAUUUCCUGAAUCUUGGCCGGAUGUCUGUGUAGGACCCCUGCCUUGUCACGAAUCCUGUCUAUAUACGUGUCUUGUCUUCUUUUGGCCAGCAUGCGCGCUAGAAGCUUUCCGCUUUUGUUUCCAUGUAUUGCAAAGAAAGCCCUAUUUCGCAAUGCGUCCCUCUGAUGUGUGGAGUGGAGGAGAGUGAUCAAUUCCCUCCGUAGUCGGAGGAGUUUGGCCUGGUGUGUGGGGAGUUGGUGUUGCUUGUUAAGUGUGUCUGCUUGUUCUAUGUCCGAAAGCAAAGCGGCCAUGCGGGCCUCUCUCUGUUUCUUCAGGAGUGUGCUUUUUUGGAUAAAAUGCCCCCUUUUGACACACUUGUGUGCCUCCCAGCGUAUGGUGGGGGGGGGGUUUGUUCGCAGGUGUUGUUUGUAAAGUAAUCCUGUAGUGUUUUCCCAAUGUCAGAGGUGACCGUUGGGUUGGUAAGCAGUGAUUCAUUUAACCUCCACUUGGAGAUCUUGGGUCUAUGGAAGGGGGAGUGUAAUUUGAUGGUCACCGGGGCAUGGUCCGACCAUGUCACGGUGCCCUGAUCGGCCUGUAAGACCAACGGUAUGUGGUGGCUGGGGACUAGGAGAUAAUCUAUGCGGGUGUAGGAGUUAUGGGGGUGGGAGUAAAAGGUGAAAUCCUUUUCGUCGGGGUGAAAAGCUCUCCAACAGUCCACUAGUUUCGUUCUGGUCAGGAGAGCUUUGAUGGCCGUAAGGUAUUGCGAGGGAAUGUGUGAGUGUCCUGAGGAGGAGUCCCAUUUGGGGUCUAAUGCUACAUUUAGGUCUCCGCCUACUAUCAAGAUGCCUUCCUGGAAGCCUACAAGUGUGCGGAGCGUCUUGGCCAGGAAUUUAUAUUGCCCGCGGUUUGGGGCGUAGAGAUUGGCAAAGGUAUACGUUGUGUUCGCAAUCGUCCCUUUGAGGAAUAGGAAACGGCCCUCUGGGUCCGUUAUGACCCCUGUUUCCGUGAAAGGGAGGUGUCUAUGUAGGAGUAUCGCCGUGCCCCUUGACUUACCCCCCUGAAAGUCACUGUAGUAUCCUUUCGGAUAGUGUUGAUUAGUCAAUGUGGGUCGUGAGCCUGCUCGGAAGUGGGUCUCUUGUAGAAACACUAUGGAGGCGUGGGCCGCCCUGAAAUCUUUAUGGGCCCCGGCCCUUUUUUCUGGCGUGUUGAGUCCCCUAGCGUUCAGCGUGAGUAUUGUGAGGGGGGCCGGUAGCAGGGACAUGCUGGAUAUGAGUCUAUCACUUAGAGGUGAUGUAGUUACGUCUGUCCGGUAGUCAGGUAUAGAAAGUGUGGGAUGGGGAAACUUGGGGGAAAACUGGGUAGGUCUGAGGGAAGGAAGGGGAUGAUCGCACCCUCUAGGUCUAGGGACCGGGUACAGAUUAGUGUCGCCGUAUGCGGCGGAUUAUGGAUUCGAGCGUUGGGGGAGCAGUGAGUCCCCCCACUCCCGCAGGUAGGGGGGUGCACCGCGCACCUAAGUCUGAACGCUCCAGCCAAUAGGGUAGCAAAGGAGUCCAAGAAACCCCAAGUAGGCAGAGCCCCGCGGGCCCAGGAUGCUCCCAGAAAGAUCGUCACGAUCCGCUUCGAGCCCCGGAGUUCCGCCCAGUUGGGACAUCCCGUCUCCCCAUCUCAUUGCUCUCCGAGUAGGGACUGUAGCUUAUGGUGAACCUCUGUAAGCUAAUGUUUGCAUGGUCUGUGUCAUAACCGCGGCCAGUGGGUCGUCCGGCCCACAGGUGUGAUGUGGUGUUCCUUGGCCUAUUUUGUGUUGCCUGCCUGCUGCCCCCUGGUGUCUGGAUCUUCCCUAAUAACCUAGGGUCGGGAAAAUACCUAACUAACUCUGUGCAAUGGGAGCCCCACCAUGACCCCGUCGGGUUCCGUGGCAUGCAUUACCCCAGUCUGGACCUAUCCCCUCCCGGUUGGGCGGCAAUCGCCCUAUUCAUGCGGAUGCGUGUCUGGGUGACCCUACGAUAGUCUAUCUUAGGGCCCUCUCAUAGCCCUCUGUGUCAAGGUUUGGGGGAAGCUAGGAAGGCUAGAAGGGCUGCGCCAAACUAUGAGAACCGGCAACUCGGCAGGUACCCUGUAUCCGCCGGGGGGGUGGGCCUAUGGUGUAGCUAAAUGGGCCAUACGUCCCCUCCCCUUGAUCUAGCGCAAUGGACUCCCCUGACCCCUGUAAGUAGCAAGGUGGCAGUAGCCUUAUGUCAUCCCAGCGUAUCUCAGCAUAGCCUGCCUGAAGGCUAAAUAUCUUGGUACGUCUACGAGGGUUAGCUGGGUGUGUAUCUCGGGCCCAUCAGCUCCCAGGUCACAUAUACAAAAGGAACAAGUCCAGGACUUGAGUGUCCAUCCCCUUCCCUCUGUGCCCAGCUCAUGCAGGGAGUGCCACCUUAUCCGGCAUGGGGUCACCCGGUCCCCUCCCCCCCCCCGCGCUCGGCCCACAGUUCGCGGGUAGUGGGGAAGCCCGGUAGUCCCACGCCCCCCCCACUCCCCGGGAUUAUACUUGCGGUAUGGGUGAGGAGAAAGGAGAGUCAUCACCAGGCCCGGGAGUGGAGGUCCAUGGCCCCCCCCCGUUUCCCCACGAACACAGGGCCUGGAGGUGAGAGCCCAGCUGCAUGUCUCGGGGUUGGUGUAGUAAGGUUCCGAGUGGUCGAGGCAUCAUGGUCGAAGAUAGAGGGUAAAGAAAAACAAAUCGUCCCAUUUACGGCAUGGUAUACAGGUUCAGAGUCCCAGGGGGCGGCAGGGUAGGCGGCUUAUUUAAUUCGGUGUCCCCGCCGGUCGUAUCGUCUGUGUGCGGGGGGCCCGCAGCCUGUGGGGUUUGGGGCCUGUGCCUGGAGGCCUAGAGCCUUCUGUGUAGAAUCUUAGCGGGUUCGGCCAGAGAAGCUUCUCCGGCGACAGAUCUUCUGCUCCCGCGACCACGAAAGGGCCUGAGGGUGUUGCUAUUUGAAGGCCUGUGGGGAAGCACCAGCGAUACCUAAUGUUGGCGGUCUGCAGCUGCCUGGUGAGGGGCUUCAGGGCCCGCCGAUAGGCCAGAGUGGCUGGGGACAGGUCUGGGUAGAGCUGGAUUUCUGAUCCGUCUAACAGUACCUUUUCCGUGGCACGUGCCUUACGGAGGAUCUCCUCCUUAAGCUGGAAACUCUCCAUACAGCAGAUGAUGUCUCUGGGAGGCCCACCCGGGGGUUCUUGUGGUCUCAGGGCCCUGUGGGCUCUAACGAAGCCCAUGUGCGUCUGGGGCGGCCUAGCUAGGAGCCUGUUGAACAGCUCCAGCAAGGUGCUCUGUACCGGGGCUUUACUGUCUAGCUCCUCUGGGACCCCCCUCACCCGGAUAUUCUGGCGUCUCCCCCUGUUAUCGAGGUCCUCUAUAUGCAGGGCCAUCUGCCUCAUCACUGUAGUGUGGUGCUGCAGCGUGUCUGUACUGCCAGCCUGUGCCAAUGCCAUGUGGUCACAGUCCGCCUCGAUCUGUGCGACUCGCUGGUUGAGGCCUUGUAGGUCUUCUAUCAGCGCGUGGAGUUCCGUCGUGAUCGACGUGCGCAGUUCUGCGUUGGCCGUCUUUUGGGUAAAAAAAAAAGACAGGCUGAAAUAUUUGGGUAUAAUUAUAACUUUGAAUUUAAAAGAUAUAAUAGAAGCCAAAUUUUUACCUUUACCUUUAUAAAAACUCAAGGGAUUGGAGAGGAAUGGGUUUCUCAUGGUCAGGUAGAAUCAAUAUAUUAAAAGCAUACAUUUUACCAAAAUGGCUAUCGUUCUUACAUUCAGCUUUUAUAAAAUUCAUCUGGGGUGGUAAGAAAGCAAGUGUGAAAAUGAAAAAUUUAGCUAGGUCAAGAGAAGAUGGAGGCCUGGGUUGCCCAGAAAUUUUACAAUGUUAUCAGGCCAGUAGAUUAUUUCAUAUAAUGCGAUCACAAAAUAAUGCAGCGGUUCAUGAGACAUGAUAUAAAAUGGAAAAAGCUAAAACAGGGAUAGGGAAUUUAAGUUCACUAUUUUGGAUUCUGAAUCUUAAUAGAAAACGUAUUAAUGAGGCAAGAAGUAAAUCACAGAUGCUUAAAGAAUUAACUAGCGGGUGGGAUAAAUUUAUAGCUAAAAUAGGACUUAAUAGAAUAAUUGAUGCACUUUAAUUUCAGAUAUGUUAGAUAAUAUAAAAAUAGAUCAUUGGAAGACUGUUGGGAUAAGCAUGCUUAGAGAUAUAAUAGGGGGACCUCAAAUAAAGUCAUUUAAUCAAAUUAGAGAGGAAUUCUCUAUUUCAAUGAAUGAAACCUUUUGGUUACUUACAAAUUAAAAGCUUUAUGGCAGAAUACCUCCUUGAAAGUAACUAGUGCCAUCCACCUCUUUGAACUAAAAAAUUAUAAAAACCUGUUGACAAAAUGUGUUAAAGUUAUAUAUAAAUGGAAACAUGAUCGAUGUAUAGAACUGAUAAAUAAAUAAAAAAAUGGGAACGAGAGCUACAAAUACAUAUAGAGGAAGAAGAUUGGCUAAACUCCCUAAGUAAAUUAUAUAAAUAUAUACACUGUCUAAAUCUUAUAGAAACCCAAUUUAAACUUUCAAAUAGAUGGUAUUUAACACUGCGGGGCCUGGUGUCUGAGCGGACUAGACGUGUUUCUCUCGGGCUCCCGCUGAAUCAAGCUAAAACCAAGCUAUUUCUGACAAAAACCUUUGCUAAACGGCAGCCUGAGCCACAAACCGACUAUUAAAUAAGCCAGGAGCACGCUGUCUGGUCCGGACCCAAAUCUUGAACAGCCACUAUAUUCAGCUUGGAGGCCUACCUGGACGAUCUCCUGAGGCGAUGCCCUACAAGUGGAGCUUCACUCCUGGAGCCCUGUCCCACCCCUCCCCCUUGUGCUGGCGGGGGUUUUCCCGGCCACCACUGGGAACCCAGACUCACCAAACAUCUAAGCAAAAACAACGCCCUGACACCGCGCGGCAGCGACAAGAUGGCCGCAGCAGCGGAUGCUCUGCAUGGCAGACCAAGCCUGGAGGUCUGGCAGUGUAGGGAAUCAUUUGACGCCAGGUUUGAGGCACUAUGUCGGGAGUUCUGGCAUCACCUCACAGGCGACCACAGCCACCUACCUUUCAAGCCGCCAUGCUGGAACAGAAGGAACCCAAGCAGGGCAAUCCAAACGCCCAAAUGCCUACUCACAGGGCCCCCGAUUUGCCGGAACAGAGAGCCACCCGCGGCACAGCCACGACCAAGCAACAAAAGGCGCAAAGAAACAAAUGCAGAUGGGUCCACAUGCUGAACAGCAUCAGGGACUAAUGGACGCCAUUUGCCAUACAGGUCGAACUCACUUUCAUGCACCAUAGGUAAUGCCAAUUUCCCAAAAGUGUUGCGGGGACCCAGUGGCCACAAAGCCUUUAAGCCUUAUAGGAUGACCAAGCAAACUUCGUUAGCAACCCUCAUAAGUUUAAGACUCUAUAAUAUUCUCGUUCUCUAAGUAUGAUUGAUUACUAUACCUGCUUCUAGUUUAAUCCACUGGCAAUUUGCAUGUUUUUAUGACCUCUAUGCUAAUGUAAUGCCUUGCUAUGACUAAGCUUGUUUUCUUACAAAAAUAUGUGCAGCACAUCUUGACCUUAUUUGUUUAACAUUGUCAUUACAACUUUUGUCAUAAAGUUAAUAACAAAGCUUGUAACUUAACACAGCACGCAUAAAAUAAAGAAUUAAAAAAAACACUGCAACGUUUAAAGAGAAUUUACCCAGAGACAUCGGAGAGGUGCUGGAGAUGUGAUAUUAACAAAGGCAACCUAAUCUAUAUUUGGUAGCAAUGCAUACCCAUAAACAAUUAUUGGAAAGAUAUAAUAAAAGUGAUACACCAAAUAACUGAGAUGAAAUUAGGCUUUGAACCUGGAGUAAUCUUAUUAAAUCUAGGAUGGCCAAUAAUGAGAAAACAAGUAUUCAGGGCCGGCCUUGGAGGUGUGCGAGCUGUGCGGCUGCACAGGGCGCCAUUGACCUGGGGCACCAUGUGCCCGACACAGCUCGCACAUGGCCAGGUGAUAGGAGUGCAGGGAAGUUAAAACAAGUAGCCGAGUGGAGGAUUUCAUUAUUCUCUAUUAAAAAAAAUCGAGGUGGCAGGGCUUAUCGCAAGGUGGAGGCGGGGCUAAUACCUACCCGAAGUCCCUGGUAACUGCUGCACAGGACGAGGGAAUAAGGAAGGAGUCCCUGCUUCCCCAACAACCAACUGCAUCCACUUCCUCUUCCAGCCAUAAUGGAAAGAGGUAAGUGUGUGUGACUGUAACUGUGUGUGACUCCAAUUGUGUGCCUGUAUGUGUGACGAUCUGCCUUUAACUGAGUGUGUAUGUGUGUGUGCCUAUCAGCGUGUGUGAGUGUCUGCAUGCCUGUAACAGUAUGUGUGACUGCCUGUAACUGUGUGUGACUGUCUGCCUUUAACUGAGUGUUUGGCUUUGUGACUGUAUGCCUGUAACUGAGCAUGUGACUGUCUGCCUAUAACUGUGUGUGUGUGUGAGUGUGUGUGACUGAGCGUGUCUGACUGUCUGCUUGUAACUGUUUGUGACUGGCUAUGCCUGUGUGUGCGUGACUGUAUACAGGCAACAUGGGGGGUGGGGGAGGGUGAAUACUUUUCGCACAGGGCACCUAAUGGCCUAGAGGCUGGCCCUGCAAGUAUUAAUAUUACAUAUUACAACCAUAGCCAAACUACUCUUAGCACGAAAUUGGAAAACAAGAAAAAUCCCAAGUAUCAAAGAGGUAAUAUCACAAGUCAUCUUGCAGGAGUAAAUGGAAAAAGGUAUUUAAAUGAAUUUGGGGAAAAAGCUAUAUCCAGAUAGAAGAGUGGGACAUGUGGAUAGACACGAAUCUUAUAGUUACACGAAUAUGCAAGAAAACUUCCCAAUUAAUAACCUAAAGAGACAAAAAGUUGACCACGGAAAAAACAGGCAAAUCAAUGAAAAAGCAGAUAGGAUGGUGAUCUCUCUCUCCAAGAGACAAACGAAUAAAAAAGGAUGGAAAUAAUGGAAUUUGUAAUAGGAUCUAAAAGAAAUGUUGGGGGGAGGGUACAGGGUGGGGAUAAUUGGGAGUUGGAUAAGGCUUAAAGAAUUUAGUUUUCUCCCUCUUUCUUCCUUUGUCUUUCCCUAUCGAUGAACUUUAAUUAGUAAAAAAAAGAAGCUAACCCAAAUCACUGUUUGGGAAGCUCAAUAAGGGGAUUGGGAAUCGAAGAGGAAGAAGGAAGGGAGAAAACAUCAAUGAUGACUGAAUACCAAUGCUUAUACUACAUAUGUAAUAACUUAAUUAUAUAAUGGCAGGUACAAGUCUGCAAUGUUGUAAAAAAAAAAAACAGCUGGGAACGGUGCAAACUGAAACAAAAUGUGGCUCAGAGGAAGAAAAAUAAUUAGAACUAACCAAAAUCGUGACAGCUGUGCCACUUUUUGUAAAUCACAAUAUAUGACUUAAGUAGUGUUCCUCUCAAUGUUUUUAAAAUUAAGUGCCAAAUAUUCCUCAAAGGGCUAGGGAACUAACGAAAACCUAUUUUGUCUUCAUUAAUUAAAAGGAGCAGGCAGAGCACACAAUAUAUUCCUCUUCGUACAUUUAUUAUUAUUAUUAUUCUGUUGGUAAUAGCCACCUCAUGUUUAUGCUGCUGCCGUGUGUGUAUUGCACAACACUAUUAUAGAUCAUACAGUUUGUGAGCAGAAUAGUCUAUAGUCAGCAUGUGUAAAAACCCAGAGAGCCCUAGCUAUUUCUUCUCAAACACAUAUAACUAUCUUCCAAAUAGGCUGUAUGGGAUAUAGAUGGGGAUAUAUACACCUCUAUUUUUAUCACAGAAUUUCAUGUCCUUUUGGAUUCUCCCUCAGAAUGUUUUUGGUAUGACAGAUCGGUUUCAGAGGCAACUUGAAGAAUCACUGAAAAAGAAAUGUUUCACGUUCCUGUCAUUUCAUCAGCCAGAGACAGGUGUGUGCAAAAACUUGAGAUUAUAGCAUGAAUUAUAGCCUUUGCUGUCUCUAUCCAUCCAUAAUGUGUUUAGUCAUCUCUCACUCUGCAUACUCUUUAAAGGGACACUAUAGUCACCAGAACAAAUACAGCUUAUUGAAUUUGUUCUGGUGAGUAGAAUCAUUACCUUCAGGCUUUUUGCUGUAAACACUGUCUUUUCAGGGAAAAUGCAGUGUUUACAUUACAGCCUAGUGAUAACUUCACUGGCCACUCCUCAGAUGGCUGUUCGAGAUCCUUCCUGGGUCAUGGCUGCCUAAAAUGCAUCCAAACAUUCAGUAUCUCCUCCCUCUGCAUGCAGACCCUGAACUUUCCUCAUAGAGAUUCAUUGAUUCAAUUCAUCUCUAUGAGGAGAUGCUGAUUGGCCAGGGCUGUGUUUGAAUCAUGCUGGCUCUGCCCCUGAUCUGCCUCUUUGUCAGUCUCAGCCAAUCUUAUGGGGAAGCAUUGUGAUUGGAUCAGGCUACCACUUCUGAUGAUGUCAGCAGACUGCUUGUUUGUUUUUUAGGCAAACAGCAUGCAGAUCUACAGCUUCCGGCUUGAAUACAGUAAGAUUUUGAGGCAUGAGGGGCCCAGGGGGGCUAUAUGGUGGUUUUAACACUAUAGGGUCAGGGAUACAUGUUUGUGUUCCUGACCCUAUAGUGAUCCUUCAAUCAUCUCUUUACCCAGUCAUUGAGAUAUUUUAAGGUCACACUACAACAGUUUCAGUGGUUAGCCUCAUGUCCUCCAACAAACCUCUUUAUGGUAGUUCUCUUGUUCUACAUAUGGGCAUAGACAUAGUAAACUAAAUCAAUAGUGAUGCCUUGUCCAUUUAUGACUGCCAUGUAAAUUGGUAUUACGUUAUGGUUGCUCGGAUCUCAAUGUCUUUCCAGGAGAUUUAUAAAUUCUGCAUUGUCAUGCUAGGCUUGAUACUUGUCAGUUUGUGGACAGUGUGUUCCUGAUGUGAAAUGAAUUAAUUCCAGACGGCAUGCCAAGUGACUCUUUAUGAAUGCAAAGUGAUUUAAUGUGUAUGAAUUAUGCAGAUGUCUUUAUAAACUAAAGUCUCAAUUUUCAUAUUUUUUUGAUAAGCUUUUCAAAUGACUUAAUAUUUUUGGCUAAAGUUUUUUUUAAAUAUUAUUUUAGAAAUUUUGAUUUUUUAUAUAUAUAUAUAUAUAUAUAUAUAUAUAAUAUAAUAUAAUAUAUGUAUGUGUGUGUGUGUGUGUGUGUAUAUAUAUGUAUGUAUGUGUGUAUAUAUGUGUGUGUGUGUGUGUGUGUGUGUGUGUGUGUGUGUGUUUUGCUUACCAUAAAUUUUAUUUCCCUGGGGUUAGUGGUUACAAAUGCCACCUCUUUACAGUACACAGAAGGCACUGAUAUAUGAAGCCUUUAAUAGUUAAGGUCCUUAUCCUGUUCCUUUGUUCAGAGGUUGGCUGCCUGACUCCAGGAAGUGGACUGUGUGAUGUGUACAUCUUUCUGGCUUAGUGCGAGCAUAGGGGUGCCUGGGGGGCUGUCAGUUUCUUGGCUUGUUUUGGGAUGCCACUGGAAGCAAGAUGGUGAUCGGUUGGUGGAUGGCACGCCAGUCAUAUGCUUUCGAUUUAUAAAUUCCACUACAAUCCGUGCAUGGUGCCGAAAGAGAUGAGGCACACCAGGUGCACGACUAUCUAGCCUAGCCAAGAUGGAAAGCAAACACAGGUUGCAAUGCGUUCCAGAGUGCAUGCACAAAGCGAUCUGGCGUUUAUGGCACCACAAGUCAAAUGGGAAGUGGUGUAUUUGUGUAUUUAAAGUGCAGUCUCAGCUGGCAACCCAAAGGGUGACGGUCAACAGAUAUUAAGAGUGCUCACACCAGCCCUCCAACGCACUCUGAGGCGUUUUAAUAGUUUGUUGGGUUUUUCUAUCUUUCAUCUCCUCUAAUGGUUUCUUACAAGUAUGUGGAACCUAAUUAAAAAAGUUAUUUCUAGUAGAAAGGAAGAUGGUGACAAACUUUACUUUUGUUGUCCUUGGAGUUAACAUGGGUAUCUCAGUAUACAUUAGAUGAAUUGCAAGGAAUUAACAUGUCUCAUCAUACUAAGUAUACCGAUUUCUAAAACAGAUUGUGUAUUCAUGCUAUGGUAUGGUAGAUGGGGUCGUAUAUGGUGGCAUAUAAACAUAAGCAUAACGUGUUUUUCGCCUUGGCACAAACCGCGUGUAGACAAUGAAAACUUAAUAUUCAGUAAGGCAACUUAUAACUGAAGAAAUACAGGCACACAGACUGUAAAGAACUCGGUGAUAUCAUCAAGGUGUGAGGGGAACAAUAUUUGGAAGUUUACCCUAGUCGGCAAAUGUCACUUCAGCCGAUGCCCCAGUCAGGAAUGCAUUUGCUGCACACUUUAGGUGUGAUGAGAGUAGCCAUGAUCCAGGUACGCAUUCCCGCCCCAGGCCGGUUUUCUGGCCAUCGUUUUCAAGCCACUAACUUGAAGGCUCGCAGAUUCCCAGUCUUCCCCAGUGGGGUGCGAUUAAUGGCCGUGGUGGUAUAAAACCGUAACCUGCGGCCGAUCCUUUGUCUACGUGGUCGACGAAGGUUGGCCUUGUCCCUUGUAGCCUCCGGUCUAGGUGGGCGAACAGCAAACAGUAUUACUCUUUGUGAGGAGUGAGGCCCGAAGUAGGCCUAGGCAUCCUCCGGCCUCCGCCAUUCCGGUUGCUUGUUGUGGGCUUAGGCGACCUUUGGGCUUGGCGAGCUGCGAAGAAAGCCCAGAAAUGGGUAAAAUGCUCAUCCAGUCGCUUCAAGAAGUGCUCGACAGGAGCACAGCACUCUUUCCCUGGCUGCAGAGUCUCGGUGCCAUAACCGGAGAGCAUAGACGCCAUCUUAGUGGAACAACUAGCUUUCCCAGUUGAAGGUAAUCUAUUGGUGCUUUACGUCUGUGUAUGAGUGUCCAGUGGGAACCGGGAUAAAACCCGCCGGUCCAGAGAGGGAAGGGGGGGUUCACGGGGCUACUAUAUGUUCCUGCAGGAGCAUUGAUUCACAUCGAGGGUAGCGGCCGCUUCCCCCGUCCGACUUAGGCCUCAUAGGAGCCUCCGGUUAAUUCUCUUAAUGUGGUUAUCUAAAGUAGUACAAGGCACCCCGGUCGGUUCCUAAAGCAGGUAGGUCUCGGGUUAGAGCUUUUAUGGCGUGCUGGGACGUAGUUCAUUUUAAAUUUUCUAAAGAUUAGGCUUGGAGUUCACUCGAAGUGCGUUCUGCCGUCAUAAUGAGCAGCCCUACCCCCCUCCAAAAAAACAUGUAUUUUUUUUUUUUUUUUUGUGUAAAUGCUUUAAAGAAGUAUUUGCCAUAAAUGAAGAAGACAAAAAAGUAGACGCCCCAGUAGCUCAGCUGGACGAGUAAAGCACCUUACUUAUAGGUGAUACGGCGGGUUUACAGGAUUCCAUGUACAAAAAGGCAAAAAGUUUGACAUAGAGCCUUGCUCACUUCAGCAGCCCAGGCUACGGUCAUGACACAAAGAAUUUGGAUUCACAAUACUGAGAGGUUUGUUUUUUGAAAGUAAUUUUUUUUUUUUUUUUACUUAUCAGAGGAGCAGCAGAUUUUGUUGCUGAGGUUUCAGAAAAGAUAUUGUUGGAAUUCCAGGUUUCUUGCUGCUCACGUUACAGAGAGAAUUCAGGAGAACUACAGUAUAUACUCGAGUAUAAGUCUAGUUUUUCAGCACAUUUUUUGUGCUUAAAAACCCCCACUCGACUUAUACUCGAGUCACUGUCUGUAUUAUGGCAGUGUGUGUAUAUAAUGCAGAGUCUGUGUUUAUAUGAGUGUGUGUGUGUGUGUGUGUGUGUGUGUGUGUGUGUGUGUAUAUAUAAUGCAGAAUGUGUGUUUGUAUGAGUGUGUGUGUAUAUAAUGCAGUGUGUGUGUUUGUAUGAGUGUGUGUGUGUAUAUAAUUAUAAAAAUCACAGAAUUUCAUAGCCCCAAGUUUUACCCUCGACUUAUCCACGAGGCAUAGCAUAUUUCACAAUUGUUGGUCACAAAACUGCACUCGACUUAUACAUGAGAUCGACUUAUACACAAGUAUAUACGGUAACUUUUCUGAACACAGACUGUACGUGGAUACAUGAUCAGGCAGUUCCAAAUCUACUGGCAAAAACAGAGCAAUUCUGAAGCCAUACGAGUGGAAGGCAGUAACUAAAGUUUUGAAAAAAAAAAAUUCCCAAGACAUCAGGAGCCAGUCUACAUCAGACAAGAGUCCUCUUCUCAUAAGAAAUGGCUAUUUAUUAGAAUUCUAUUUAAGCCUCCAAAAAAUGUUAAAUUCCACAUGUGCUUUUUAGUAACUACGAAGGCUCAACUCAUCAAGGAAGUAAAAAACUCCUUUUCAAACAAGAAAGUCAUGAGCAUGGAAAAAAGUAAAGGCACUUAUUCCAGAAUAUUUUUGGUAUCCAAAGCAAGUGGAUCUUGGAGAACCAUUCAAGAUCUGAAGUUUAUAAACAAACAUGUAACAAAAAAUAAAUGCCACCUGGAAUCUACCGUACUACUACACAAAUCGCUCAAGAAAUCCACUAUAUGGUCUUUAGAUCUUGAAGACUCAUAUCUACAUGUUCAAGUCUCUGUGCAGAGCAGAUGAUUUCUAAGAUUGUCAAUCAAAAAACAGGGGUAAGUAGAGCAUUGUCAAUUAAACGCUUUGCCUUUUUGCACUUUAAUCUUCCUUGAGUUGUGUUUCUCUCUCUCAAAGGUCCUGAUGGUCUUCACAGCACAACUAGGAAAAUGAAGUGUAACGGCCACCCCGAGUAUAAAGGGGAAUAUGCCGUUAGAGAUGUCCUUUUCCCUUGAGAGGAGCAGUGCUGUAGUAUUCUCUAGUUGUCAUCUCAGCCGACCAAAUAUCCAAUAAGGCAAUAGAGCUCUUACAAUAGCUAGUGAUAUAGCUGUGAAGCAGGUUCCCUACUAGCACAAGACAAGGCGACGUGUUGAGGGUCAAGCAGAACUGAAUUUUAAUGGUAGCCACAUUGGCCUUUUAUGCAAGUCCCCAAGCAAGGUUAACACCCACAUGGACCUUGUUGGGGGACAAGGACACAAUUGUAUACACCAAUCACAAUAGCAUUAUAAUCUGAGGCACUCCCACAGAUGGCAUACAAUCCCUCCCCUCUGCUUGGGAGAUAAUUGAGUUAAUCACUGUAUCAACUCAAUUAUCUCCAAACGAAAAAGGACAUAUUUUAUAUACUUUUUGGAAACACCCCAAAAUCACACAUGAACCCCAUAAAAAAUAUAUUUCCUGAUAGCACCAAUCUGGGUGAGCAAGAUAUUCAAAAAUCACCCAGAUCGGUUCAGGAAUCCAAAAGUUGCAUGGAAUUCCCAUUUCUGACCGGCCGCACACCAGGCUCCUGCCCAGAAUAGUUCCAUGACCCGCUGGAUGCGUUCGACAAAACAAGAUGGCCGCCGCCACAUGUUUGUGCAUACAAAUCGACGGCCACCCAGUGAACCACUUGGAAUGUUCAGAGUUGCAGUUUAUAAUAUCUCAAUAAUGCACGGUGCCACAAGUUAGUUGGAAAUAUGGCACCAUUCAUUAUUGGGAUAUUAUAAUCUGGGCAUAAGGUGUUGGUACUUUGGUUACUCACUGUUAGCUUCUCAGUUGAUUUAUUACCCAAUCUGGGAUACGCUGCUGUGAACCUCCCCAAAUAUCCCAACAAUUACCACCUAUAAUUGUACCUAUUUCCUCGAUCCUUGAAACAAAAACAGUACAUUCGUCUGAAUUUUCACAUUAAAUUAGAGAUCCUUUUUUUUUCUUUGUUCUCUACCCAAACAGGGAUUUAAUAAAAUUUAAGUUCUUUUUUUGCUCUCUUUAAAAGGCACUUUUUGCCAAUUGCUGGCAGAGCAAUCCAUAUUAGGGUACCUGGCUGGAUAUUGGGUGCGUUGUUUAGUUAACCCAUUCCAGUCUUUCUUUCUGUGAUUAUUUUGGGUUAUGCCCUAAGUACCCUACAACCAUUUUAACUUUAGGUGAAAGUUUUCUUUUCUCUCACCACUGUUGUAUUUUUUUCCAGCAAGAAAAAUAGUUUCUCUAGGAUUAAUCACAGAAUUGGCACGAAGGAAAAAUAGACAAAACUUGCAAAUGACCUAUACUGGCUUUCUACUAAAAAGACUUGCACAGUGAGAGUAGCUGUGAGAUGUCUUGGUCUGCUAACCACUUCUAUUCCUGCAGUUAAAUGGGCAAAAAUCCUGGGUGAGAAUGCUACAGCAAAAUAUUAUUAGAAUGGAACCACAGCAUUGUGUCUUUAGAUUCACAGAUGAAUUUUUGGCCUUCAACAAGAGUAUUGUUAAUUUGAUGGUCAGUGACCAUCUUCCUGAGACACGGGGUCCUUUUUCAAAUAUAGAAAGGUGUUUUUUUUUUUUGCUUGUUUGUUUUGGGAUUUCUUUUUGUGUGUUUUUUUUUUUUUUUUCAGUUUUUAAUCUUUCCACCCCUACUCCCUCAUUAUAUUUGUUAAGGCAGUUUCUAAUAUCCUGCAGAAAGUGAGGAAAUUAGUUCCCCCAUGUGAUCUGAAUAUAGACCUUUCUGCUUUGUUCUUUUCAAGCCAGUCAAUUGAGCUCUAGUAUCUACCUUGAAAGAAUAUCUCUUUCUAAUAGCCAUCUUCUCGGCUAUGUACAUUGGGGAAUUGUAAGCCCUUUCUAACAGAUUUGUAUACCUGGUUUUUCACAUGAAUAUGGUGGUCCUGACACUACAUCUAAAUUUUGACCUAUAGUUUGUUUGGUCAACAAUCCAAAUCAUGAGAAUGUUACCUAUAUUCUACAUGAAUCCUAAGAAUGAAAAGAAACCGAGAUUUCAUGUAUUUGUAUGAUAAGAGAUCAUUACAAUUUUAUCUGGAUAGAACACGUUAUUUUUUUGUUGAAGUGAGAACAUUAGUGUGUUUUGUUUUUUUUUAAAGCCAAAAACAGGAAAUAUGGCCUCCAAAGCUACUUUGGCCAGAUGGCUUAAAGCAUCCAUUGUCUUGGUAUAUACUUGUCAGUCUGUUCUAUCUUCUCUACUGAUUAAAGCCCACUCAUUCAAAGGAAUGUGCUGGCUAAUUGGACUUCUUUAAACACAUUCAUGAAGCACUAUAGGAAGAUUCAUGUCUGACCCCUACCCAUUUUUAUGUAGCUUGUUUAAUCCCCAUGAGUACUGCCUCUAUCGAUAAGGUUAAACGUACAUUUUACUUGCCUUAAAUGUAUUUUUCCCUAGAAUUCAGAGGCAAUACAAAUUUUCUUCCCUCAAAUAAAUUUUUAAAGGACCACUAUAGUGCCAUGAAAACAUACUCCUUUUCCUGGCACUAUAGUGCCCUCAGGGACCCCCUCCCGCCUGGCUCUGGAAAGGGGUAAAAACUUAGGGGUAAGAGCUCUCCUCUUCCGAUCCUCCUCCUCUCCGCCCAUUCGGCUGAAUGCGCACGCGCGGAAAGAGCUGCGCGCACAUUCAGCCAGUCGCAUAGGAAAGCAUUCACAAUGCUUUCCUAUGGACGCUUGCGUGCUCUCUCUGUGAUUUUCACAGUGAGAAUCACGCAAGCGCCUCUAGCGGCUGUCAAUGAGACAGCCGCUAGAGGCUUGGGAGAAGGAUUAAACCAUUUAUAAACAUAGCAGUUUCUCUGAAACUGCUAUGUUUAUAAAAGAAUGGGUUAACCCUAGCUGGACCUGGCACCCAGACCACUUCAUUAAGCUGAAGUGGUCUGGGUGCCUAGAGUGGUCCUUUAAUGCUUUUGCAUUAAUAAGGUGUGCAUUUUAUCUUACUGGGGCCCAUGUGGGGAGCACUAGUUUUAUUUCAGAGUAAGUGGUAACAGAAGGAGGUCUUGGUUUUAAAAUUUAAUUUCAGUGCUCUGUAUGUCAUGUGAGCAUUGCCUCUAAUCCAUAUGUGAACAUUGCCUUGCAUUGGGAAAAUACAUUUACGGUAAGUAAAUGUGUUUUUAACAUAUAUAAAAAAAGUUUAAAAAAAAAACAUCCCUAUUAAAAUAUUAUUUUUCAAAAUAUUAAAUCAUUUUAAAAAAUUUAAAAAAUAUUAAAUCUAGGUUUGCAUUGAUAAACCCCCCUCAUUAAAUAUUAGUUUAAUAUGGUUAUAUGUUUGCAAUAAUUUCUUAAUAUUUGCGCAAGCCUGUUUCUGUAUUGGCCCUGCAAUCCCCCAUCAUUUUUAUGAUAACUAAAUCCCAGGGACAAUAAUAUUGGUAAUGGAAUCUUUGAAAGGAAAGUGUUUGCACAGUUUAGUUAAAUAGACCAGUAACAACUCCAGUGCAUGACAUAAUUGUACCGCAAUGUAAGCUCUGACACACAGCCAUUGGAUGUCUCUGACUGUUUAUCUAUGUAUCUCAGAUGAAGAGGGUGAUGUCCUUCGUGCAGCAAAAGCUCUGCGUUUGGCUAGCACACUGGAGGAUGAGAGCAGACGUCUAAAAAAUGAGAAAGAGAAGCAGCUGGAUAUUGAAGCUACCCUAGGAAAACAACAAGAAAUGUACCCUCAAGUAUGUGUACCAUGCAGUGCUCAACUAAUGUAUUUUUGUUUUAUAAUUUUGCGUUGUUCUGUGUGUGCUAUGUUAUUAAGCUUUCAUGUCUUGUUCUAUAGCUUAAAGGGAUACUGUAGUGCCAUGAAUACAAAGCUGUAUUCCUGGCACUGUAGCUCCCUCUGCCACCCACAACCCUCGCGACCCCGUGACUGGGUAAAUAAAGGUUAUGAAACCCUAUUAUUUACUUAACUUUUCCCAGCACUGAUGUCCGUCGGCGCUGGGUCCUGACUUCGCCCCCUCUGACGGCCGUGGGAAGUGGGCGCAUUAUACCACCCCAUAAGAAAGCAUUGAAUCAGAGGAAUGCAGAGCGUGAGCAUGUCCAGCGUCUGAUACUGGACCAAAAGUACAUUGCAGCAAUAGGUGCAAAAGGGACAUUGCACCCAAACCACUUUAAUUAGCUUAAGUGGUCUGGGUACCUAUAUUGUUCUUUUAAGAUAUGAGCAAGAUCAUUUCCCUUGUAUUGUAAUUUGACUAAUGACUGAAGUCUGGUAACAUUUGAGUUGCAUAUAGUGAUUUGUGGGAAAAAGGAGGACUUUUUCCAUGGAAGUUGGUAAAUAAUCUAGCUGGACAUUACAAAGCCUUUGACAGAGAGCUAUAUAACACAUUUUUUAUGUGUUUUUAUGUAUCACACAUCACUCUUUCACCUCUCAUUACCUUGGCUUCCUGUACAGUACACUAACCUACAAAGCACUCAAUGACACCACUCUUCACUACAUUUCCUAUUCACUGAACAAAUACACCCCUUCUUGUGCCCUUCGAUAUCCAAGUGAACUUUUCCUGCCAUAUGCUGUUUUUUUUGCACCACUAACUCUUAUCUGCAAGAUUUUUCAAGGGCUACACCAUUCUUAUGGAAUUUGUUGCCCUAUGCCAUCAGACUCUUCCCCCUAGUUUUCAGUCAUUUAAGAAGUUACUGAAAACUCACUUCUUUUAGAUAGUCUACUAUCUUCCCGAGUGACUCUCAUUACAGCACUUCCAUAGCCCAGCUCACUCUUUCUCCUUUCACUGUUCGGUUCUUCCACACACCAAUUUCACUUUCUUGUCUAUGUUAAUAUUUACUAUGUCAAUUACUUGUCCAAAAAAUGUCAUUCUAUAAUUGUAAAGCAAUGUGAAAUAUAUCAAUGCUAUAUAAAUGAUAAUUUAGAAUAUUACAUACAUUUUAUUUUCUGUAUCUUUGUCUAGGUCUUGCUACGCUGCCUUUUGCUCAUGCAAGAGGCUGCCUCACGGCUGCGCCUGCAAGCUCAGUCUGACAUUGAUCGUAUAAAUGCAGAGUACUUGGAGGCAAAAAGUAACGCAUUGUUCCUUAAACUUCGGUGAGAUCUCAAUAUGGUUAUUUGGGUAAAGUAGUCAAUGUGUACUUAUUCUUGCUAACAGUGUCUUGAUUUUGAUCACAGGAUGGAGGAGCUGCAGGUACUUACAGACACAUAUACCUCUGAAAAACUUGAAGUUCACAGAAAAAUCAGGUGAGGUCCAUUGUGCUUUCUGGGCAGAGUUUGUGGUUUUGUAAAGUAGUCCUCUUGACCUAUUGAAUAAAUUUAUUGCUUUUUAAGGGCCAGCCUGGAAGCGGCUGCGAAGACUGAGAAGCAUGAGUUAGCCAUGUCCCAACAGAUUCUAUCUUCAUAUGAGUUCCUGGGCCCUGAAUUUGAAGAGUUGGUGCAGGAAUACACUUGUCUGAGAGAUAAAGUUAAGGACAAUCGUUGGAUGCUCCAAGAACUCUGUAAAACUCUACCAUGAGGAACUUAUUUAACAAUUAACAUUAUAGAAGCAUUUAGUUCUGAAGGAAUGUAUCCCAAGCACUAUAUUACACAUCACAACAUAACCAUUUUGCAUUGACCUUCCACAAGGUAGAAGAUGGCUGGUUUUAUUCAAUCUCUCUUGUUGAUUACUGGAGUUAGGUCUGCUUCGGUAUCUCAAAAUCUGCCAUAGAGUCAAAGUUCUGGAUUUGGUUUGGGCUUUAGGUAUGCAAUGCAUAUCCUAUUCUAUGGCAUGGUGCUGUUAAAUAUUACAUAAUAUUUUCUAAUAUUUAUAUAUUAAAAUGAAAGUUAAGAUAUUAUUUGUUUGUCCUGUUUUAGUGCUUGGCAGUGUGUGUCCAAUUGAUAAUUCCAUAAGUGUUGUAACUGGUAAACGCCAAUACUAAAAAACAAUAAGUAUAACUAAUUUAUGACAUUAAGUAAGCAGUAGUGCAUACAGCAAAUGUUCAUUGUCAGACUGAGAGAACCUAUUUUUCUAAUAAAUUCUUCCUGUUUGCAUGGAAAAUGACCGUGCUUCUUACAAACACCACUUGAGACUUCCUGUGUUUUAGAAUCACUGCUCUUGUAUGUUCCAGCAAUAUUUUAACCUUGGCAAUCUUAUCUGCACAUUGAGCCCUUAGACCAGAACAGAGCAUCCUAAAG